AUGCUGCACAGUUUUGCGGAUAGUGAUGGUCCUGGACCUUCGACUGCCAAUCGUGCGGCACAUACUGCAUUUAUUAGCUAUUCUAUAGAAGAUUUUGCUAUUUUAUAUGAAUUGGUCGGGUAUCACAGCUUCUAUUCGGAUGAGGUUUCUAGUGGUCAUUUCUCGGAUGAACUAGUCCCUGUCAAUGAGAUGACUGAUGAGGAUACUGAACUAAGCACCGAGGAUGGGGAAGUUGAGACGGAGCAUGCUUGUGCAGCACUAUCAGUUGCGGAGUCGGAAAGCACAGGCGACGAGACGCAGCCUGAAAAGGACGCAACAGCAAAUGAUACUCCGAGUGAUAUCACGAUUUCGGUGGAUAACGAUGCGAAAGCGAACGAUAAAUUGCCAAUUGCGGAGUCGGAAAGCACAGGCGACGAGAUGCAGCCUGAAAAGGACGCAAUAGCAAAUGAUACUCCGAGUGAUAUCACGAUUUCGGUGGAUAACGAUGCGAAAGCGAACAAUAAAUUGCCAAGUUAG